UAUACUAGCUUUGUAUCUUCAUCUACUCUUGUACUGAUUAGAUAAGCAUCAUUUGUGGUACUAAAAUUUCAGAGAGAAAUGGGUGUAUUUCCUGGAUUUGGUGGUUGGAUCAAUCAGAACACUCAACGGCCUCUUAAGGCUGAGCACAAGAGAUCAGAGAAUGUGGAAUCUAAGGCGGUGUCAGAGAAAGACAAUACUGCUCCUGCCAAGGAGGAGAAUGUAUAUUAUGACAUAGAUCAUGUGCGGAAGCAAGAUCAACUUUGGCAUGAUGCAGAGAAGAAGCAUCCAUGGUACGAUCCCCCUCCUAUUGUGAAGGUAACCACGGAAAAUGGUCUUUGCCAUAUGAAAAUAGAAUUAAUUGUGGGAAUGAGUCCGGAUGCAGUCUACGACGUUAUGACUGAUCCACAGAGCGGUCCAUUUUUUGAUGUGGACAAGUGGCGCCAAAUUAUGGAAAACAAAUCAGUAAAGGUUUUGAAGGAGGAUGGACCAAGGCAGAUCGCAAAGGUGAGGAAAUCUGUGGCUUGGGACUUCCUUUGGUGGUCUAUACCUAUCCCAAUCAAUCUAAUUGUCGAUGAAAACAAAAUAAAUCUUACAACAAAAUAUAAAAAAGAGCAAAUGAUGUUUCUUAAAGUGUUCGAGGGUAAUUAUAAAGUGGAGCCACUAUACGUAGAUUCAGAACGAUUUUGCAAGCAAAGGUUGCCAAAGAGUCGAGAAGAAUAUAAAAGAUGUAGCGGGGGACAAGGAAAGGUUGCGUCGAAAGUGACAAUUAACCAAUACUUUAAGCCAAAUCCUCUUUUUAAUCUGCCACCGGUUUCUUGGUACAUCCGAGGGAUCACCAUCAAGACCACCAAAACUCUGUUUUUAUUGGUCCAACAUUACGGUACCAGGAUUCGACGGGCUGGACGAAGUCAAAUAGGUCAAGACAUCAAGCAGGAAACAUGA